CAUUCACCUGUUUCCUCAACCUGUUUGUCUCUUCGCCGCCCCUCGAGCUGUCAAUAUAAAAACUGAUUGUUUUCAUUUUAUAUUUGGAUUUACAUCUACUUUGGGGAGUCUAAAAAACGUCAACCACGGACGGCAGAAGGUAGACGUUUAGUUUUUAUGUUCGUUUCGCGACUUUAGAGGUGUUUUGCUUCGGACUCCGACCUCGGUGCAAGCUAGGCCUCCCUGAGACAAGGAAGUGUUGGACCUCCCGUUGCUGUGAACUCCAGGACCCCCGAGCUAAUAUAAAUGACGACUAAUGUGCUCGGUCGGCGACCCUAAAAGGCGAUUAAACUUCGAUGGUGAUCUGUUGACGGUAGACCCGGGACGCUUGGGAACGUUUUGUGGACAGUAAACAAGAUAAAGGGACAAGCUCUCAGGUGAGCGUCUCUGUGGAGGACAUGGACCUCUCAGUUGAGAACACCUCCAUUGUCCACCUGACCGCGCCCAUACUCCCAGACAAGGCUGACAUCUCCAACAUGACCAUCCUUCGCACGGGCAACGGCACCAUCCUGGAGGACCAGAUGUUCUUGAACACGAUGCCCGCCCGCGGCCUCUCUGGCAUCUUUGUGUGGUCCGCCUUGCUCAUCACCUGCCACCAGAUCUACACACACCUGCGCUCCUACACCGUCCCCAACGAGCAGCGCUACAUCAUUCGGAUUCUUCUCAUCGUGCCAAUUUACGCCUUCGACUCCUGGCUGAGCCUGCUCUUCAUCAGCAACAACCAGUACUACGUCUACUUUGACUCCGUUCGAGAUUGCUACGAAGCAUUUGUCAUUUAUAAUUUCCUGAGUCUGUCCUUUGAGUACUUGGGAGGAGAGAGCGCAAUUAUGUCCGAGAUCCGAGGGAAGCCAAUACAGUCAAGCUGUCUGUAUGGAACCUGCUGUCUGGUCGGAAUGAGCUACUCUAUCGGAUUCUUACGAUUUUGUAAACAGGCAACGCUUCAAUUCUGCAUCGUCAAGCCCAUCAUGGCCGCCAUCACCAUCAUCCUGCAGGCCUACGGAAAAUACCACGAUGGGGAUUUUAACGUGAACGGAGGAUACCUGUACAUCACCAUCAUCUACAACUUCUCCGUCAGCCUGUCGCUCUACGCCCUCUUCCUCUUCUUCUUUGCCACCAGCGACCUCCUCAGGCCGUACGAGCCUGUGCUGAAAUUCCUCACCAUCAAGUCUGUCAUCUUCUUAUCCUUUUGGCAAGGAAUGGUUCUCGCCAUCCUGGAACGCUGCGGCGUCAUUCCAAACGCUCUCUACAUCGACGGGCAAGAGGUCGGCGCCGGCACCGUGGCAGCGGGCUGGCAGAACUUCAUAAUCUGCAUCGAGAUGUUCUUUGCUGCCAUUGCCCUCCGGUACGCCUUCACUUGCACGGUGUACCAGGAGAAGAAGAACGACGUGCCGGAGAACAUGCCGCCCAUGCAGAGCAUCUCCAGCGGUCUGAAGGAGACCAUCAACCCAGGCGACAUGGUCCAGGAUGCCAUCCACAACUUCUCCCCCGCCUACCAGCAAUACACACAGCAAUCCACACAGGAAGUGGUCCCGCCCUGCCCCAACGGGAAAGCCGGCCCCUUCGCUAACAGAUCCCGCAAGCCGGACAAAGUCAUGCUGAUCACGUCUGACGAUGAAUUGUAGGCUUUCAAAUGCAGGUGCGUGUGUCCCCCUCAGCACCAACAACCCCCCCCCCCCCCCAUAGGGAAAACAAAGUAUGUCAAAGGGCACAAACACUGUUCACAGUAUUGACUUAAGGCUGCUUCCUGGGUUUUAUUGACACUGGUUUUUAACACCUCUAGCUCACUAACUCCAGAUUUAUCUGUCUUGGCCUUAAAAUUACCUCGGUGGUAUCUGACGAGCUGAUGAGCCAACGACCAGGAUGACGGUAAUAGCUGGGAACGCCACCUGGUGGACCGCAUCUGCCAUUUUUCACACAUUUUUCUCUGAAAAUAUGGACCAGCUUCCAGGAAAAGACACGUAUUUUGGAGCAGGUACUUCAAACUGCAGAAUCCUUUUAUAUGUAUUUAAUGUCAACAUCAAAUCAGUCGUCUUUCUGACUGCAUGAAUAUUACAAAUACUAGCAUACUUGGUAAAGCCUUUUAGUGUCAGAGGUCACUAUUUAUAAUUUUGUUUUCAUGAUGUACAGAAUUGAUUUUAAUAUUAACGGAAAUCAAAACAACUUUGGUAGUGACUUGCCACGUUUGUACAUCGUUAUUCAAAUUAGGACCCCGUUUGUGCCAAUGAUUGCUGUUUUGACGGUAGAGAAGAACAAUAAACUAGCAUGUGGGUCGUUUGAAUUUGAAUUCAUGCAAAAAUAAAAAAAAACACGUGUGCGUGUGUGACUGUUAAACGGAAGUGUGCAUCGUUGUGUGGAACCUUUUCAUUGAGGAGGAAGUAAAAAAAAAAAAAGACAGCAAAACCCAUUGUCAUGGAAUAAUUUAGCAUAAUUUGAAAAUACGCAGCAUAGAUAACUACUGAUUUAUACACCUGGGAUGCUCAUCCAGGGGAGGGGGGCGGAAAGGAAGUGAAAGUCAAGAAAAAUAAUUUAGGCAUUUUUAAUACAGUUGAAUGAAAUAAAUAUUCAUGAGCAGAGUAAUGACAUGUCGUAGCUCUUCAAAAUGCAUUUCAUUCUAUUGUGCAUCCGACACCUUAAACACAAAUAUAUGUGAGCUUGUCGGGCUGGUUUAGCUUUUGUGUGUUUUGGGCACAUUUUCAUUUAAUAGGAAAAGAACAAUCCAUUGUCAUCAUUAUGGCUUAUGUCAGUAUGGACGUGAACAGAAGGACGGAGAGGAUCAAGACAUCCAACACAGGUAAUAUCUGUAUUUUUGUAUAACAUUUAAAGGGCUGUUUUUGUUCAAAUGUUUACUAUUAAGCUGAAAUUUAACACUGAACUCAAUUUGCCACUAGAGGUCACUGUUUCACUUGUGUUUACUUUAUUUUUCACUGUCUUCCAGACAGGAUGUCCUGUAGCAGCUAUUGGAAUUAUUCUUUUCAGGUAAGGUUUCUUAGCUGUUUAUAAUCAUUACCAUCAUCAUUAGGAGGAAUUAAGAGUCCAAAAUAACAUAAGAGCUGUGCAUGCUUUUUGUUUUUUGUUUUUUUUGCACUUUUGAACCAAAAAGUGAACCGUCAACAAUGAAUCUCAGUCGUGCUGACUAAAAAAUCAAAACAAGUGUGCUGAGAGCAAACUAUCCGUGGCCUAUAAAUACUCACAAAGUCAUGAGAAUAGUUUUUUUUCUCAUUGUAAAUGUGGAUACAACGUCAGCAUCAAUAACAUAAAAGUUGCAUAAACACACCACUCCCGAGAUAGUAACAUAAAUAUAGAAAAAUAUGUCAUAUAUAUAUAUAUAUAUUUAUAUAAUGUAUAAUGCUUAUAAAACCUAUGGAAAUAAGAACAUACAAAAUGAGAGUAAGGACACAGCAAUGCCCCCGCUGGAAGGUCACAGCAGGUUAUACAGCAGCAAAGUCCCCCCCAGUGUAGUUUUUUCUUUCUGGAGGGGGGGCAACAGUCAUAUCCUCUAGGCCAAGAGAAGAUCCUGAUAACGUUUUUUUUUUGUCCUUUCUUAAGAAUGGCUUGAGUUGUAAGAGCACGGGUGUUUACAGCAUUGGGUUGCCAUGACGCCAAAUUUGAUGUUUCUUUUCCUCCUCCUCCUCCUCCUCCUACUUAGAGGUCAGCAUCAGGAGUCCUCUUGCACAAGAGUGUGUCAAAAGCAAGGGAAAAAAAAAAUCAAAAUGAAUGAAAAAGAAAAGUCACCGUGUGUGAGUCACCAGCAGCAGCAGCACUUGGCCUGACCCUGCAGUAGGAAUGACGUCUUUAUUUUCUCUGGACGGAGGCGAGUUGACCACAGCUAAAAAGGGGUGAGCCCGAAGUCUCUAAUAAGUUCAGGAAGCAUUUCACUUCAAGUUAUUUUAUGUUCUUUUUUAGCUUUAUCCAAUAGGGAUUACCUUUUGAAUAACGAGAAAACCGCAAUAUUUUCAGAAAAUGGCGUGCGAAUGCAGAAAGAUGUAAAUGCCAUUGGAAAAAUAACUACAUCAUAGCAUAUCAUAGCAAUCCACACACACUAUGCACAUACAGUGUGUCCCGUAUUGUGACUGUGGAUGACAAUUGGUGAGUACUUUGUCUAAUGCUAGCACAUUAGCUGUUUUUUAACCAGUAAAUGCUAGCACUGACCGAAAAUAAACAUACCUCAGAUUGUCCAUGUUUUACUAUUUUGACUUUUUCAAUUAAAAUUUUCAAUUUUGUAAAAUUUCAAUAGAGGAAAUGUUGUAAUUUUACAAGAAUAAAAUUGUAAUUUCAAUAUUUACUUUAUUUUUUUUUUUAAUGUGUAAUAAUAUGACAAGAAACUAUUAAAAUUUGGCCCAAAAAAGUCGUAAUGUUCUGCUUUUGAGAACGAAAUAAUAACUUGACAUAAAAAUAACUUUGGAAUUACACUACAAUAGAUUUUUUUUAAUAUCUAUAUUACAAUAAUAGU